UUUGUAACUGAAGUCUGUUACAGGCAGCAGUCUUUGGAGUGAUCUCUACCUUCACGGGGAAAUGAGGCAAAAGUAAUUGAGGGGUGUUUGGCUGGGCUGCGCUGGCAGGAGUGUCUUCAGGAAAACAACUUUGAAAGGCUGUUGUGUGGGUGGGUGUGCGUGGGCGUGUGGCCCUUCACUUUUUCAAAAGGGCAUCAACACCAAGGAAUCAACCAAGCCUUCUCAUUGUGAGUGACUGUCCUGGCAAAACCUUGGUUUUCAUUUACCCAAGAGGACCCUGCUGCAGCUCCAGGUUGGACAGAGCAUUUGGGGGACCCUUAUCCACUCUCCCGACACGCUCACCGAGCCAAGUGGUGGAAAUGAAAGAUGAGUGAUUCAGAUGGAUGGAUUUCCGGAACAUACAGAAAAAUGGAAGAAGGUCCUCUCCCUCUGUUGACCAUUGCAACAGCUCCCUACCAUGACCAGAAACCAGGAACGAGCGGAUUACGGAAGAAAACCUAUUACUUCGAGGACAAACCAUGCUAUCUGGAGAAUUUCAUCCAGAGUAUCUUCUUUUCCAUAGACCUAAAAGAUCGCCAGGGAUCGUCACUGGUGGUUGGUGGAGAUGGGCGGUAUUUUAAUAAAUCGGCAAUAGAAACAAUAUUGCAGAUGGCGGCAGCCAAUGGGAUUGGGCGCUUGGUUAUUGGGCAGAAUGGAAUCCUCUCCACCCCUGCUGUGUCCUGCAUCAUCAGAAAAAUCAAAGCCAUUGGUGGAAUCAUUCUGACAGCCAGUCACAACCCCGGAGGGCCCAAUGGAGAUUUUGGAAUCAAAUUUAAUAUUUCCAAUGGAGGUCCUGCUCCAGAAGCAAUAACUGAUAAAAUUUUCCAAAUCAGCAAGACAAUUGAAGAAUAUGCAAUUUGCCCUGACCUGAAAGUAGACCUUGGUGUUCUGGGGAAGCAGCAGUUUGACCUGGAAAACAAGUUCAAGCCCUUCACAGUGGAAAUUGUGGAUUCAGUGGAAGCUUAUGCUACGAUGCUGAGAAACAUCUUUGAUUUCAAUGCAUUGAAAGAACUGCUCUCUGGGCCAAACCGACUAAAGAUCCGUAUAGAUGCCAUGCAUGGAGUUGUGGGACCGUACGUAAAGAAGAUCCUCUGCGAAGAACUCGGUGCCCCUGCAAACUCCGCUGUCAACUGUGUUCCUCUGGAGGACUUCGGGGGCCACCACCCUGACCCCAACCUCACCUACGCAGCUGACCUGGUGGAGACGAUGAAGUCUGGAGAGCAUGACUUCGGGGCUGCCUUUGAUGGAGAUGGGGAUCGGAACAUGAUUCUGGGCAAGCAUGGGUUCUUUGUGAACCCCUCAGACUCCGUGGCUGUCAUUGCUGCCAACAUCUUCAGCAUUCCAUACUUCCAGCAGACCGGGGUCCGCGGCUUUGCACGCAGCAUGCCCACCAGUGGUGCCCUGGACAGGGUGGCGAACGCCACAAAGAUCGCUUUGUAUGAGACCCCAACUGGUUGGAAGUUUUUUGGGAAUCUGAUGGAUGCAAGCAAACUGUCCCUCUGUGGGGAGGAGAGCUUCGGUACUGGUUCCGACCACAUUCGUGAGAAAGAUGGGCUGUGGGCUGUGCUUGCCUGGCUCUCCAUUCUGGCCACCCGCAAACAGAGUGUGGAGGACAUCCUCAAAGACCACUGGCACAAGUUCGGCCGCAACUUCUUCACCAGGUAUGAUUAUGAGGAGGUGGAAGCUGAGGGCGCCACCAAAAUGAUGAAGGACUUGGAGGCCCUCAUGUUCGAUCGCUCCUUCGUGGGGAAGCAGUUCUCAGCGAAUGACAAGGUUUACACGGUGGAGAAAGCUGACAACUUUGAGUACCAUGACCCGGUGGAUGGAAGCGUCUCCAAAAACCAGGGCUUGCGGCUCAUUUUUGCAGAUGGUUCUCGCAUCAUCUUCCGACUGAGCGGUACCGGGAGUGCGGGAGCCACCAUCCGGCUGUACAUUGAUAGCUAUGAGAAGGACAAUGCCAAGAUCAACCAGGACCCCCAGGUCAUGUUGGCUCCCCUCAUUUCCAUUGCUCUGAAGGUGUCCCAACUCCAAGAAAGGACAGGACGCACUGCACCCACCGUCAUCACCUAAGAACACAGACCAGAUGAUGUACGUCCCUCCGCCCCAAGUCAUCUGAUUGAAGAGCAUGGACGGAAACAAAGUGGAUAGGCCCCGACUUUCUGGGAUUUGAUCUUUACACUAACUGUUGCCAAACAGCGCGUUCGUGAGGCACUGCUGGUUGAGAGGCCCUUGGGAGCCACGUGGGAAGGAGGGAGGGGCCCCGAGGUUUCUGCUAACGUCAGUCCCUGAUCCUGCCCUCCUGCACUGCCCCUGGGUGGGUGCUUGCCUCCUAGCCUCAGGUACCAUUACACUGCUGUGGAAGGAGGAGGGUGGGCAUCCACGAGAGGCCCCUUUCCAUCCUGGGGCUAUGCCAGUGCAGUGCCAGUGCCAGUUGCUUUCCCCUUCGGGAAUCGUUCCCCCAUUUACUGUUUACAUUUUACCCAACAAAGUGCAACUUCUGGUGCCUUCUCUCCAAUCAGUUUUUCCUCAGAGUGAGACGUACUCGUCUAGAUUUCUGCCUUGUUUUGCAACAUGGUCCCGCUACACAAUUAUUUUGGGCCUUGACCUGUCAAGACA